AUGAUAACUCUCAAAGACUACAACAUUAAGAUUUCGUUCGGGCGUUUCACUACAAAACCUCGACGAAAAUGUGAGAUGGACUUGUUCAUCAUGCAAGCAGAUGGAAAAAAGAUAGUUGACCCUAACAAGCAGAGUUCUUUGUUGUCGCGCCUUAGAACGGAACUAUAUCGUCCACUAAGAGUAGCUGUUGUGAGCCGAUGCCCUGAUACCGAGCUUCUAGUUGCAAACCCUGUCGAGUUGUCUGGCGAAGGACGGCCUCUAGUUUUUUAUGAUAUUACACUUGCUCUCAAAAUGCUCGAAAUUUGGAUCUUUUCGGCUGAAAUCGGGAGACACUCGAUCGGAGACCGGGAGUGGGAAGUUUAUAGAAUCUUGCUCGACGAAGGGGAGGGUUUGUCUGUUCCGAGGAACAAGAUUGAGGAGGGAGUUUGGAAGAUGUUGAUGGGUUGGGAGUGA